UCUAGAUUUAUAGCGGCAUGGCUUGGACUGUGUUUGCUGCCUUAGUCAGCUGUGAGAGCUCCCUGCUGGGGCCACUCCUGUCUGAUGGAAAAGCAGCAGCUGGGAAGGUGCUGUUUCAGGCUCUUGCUGUUUUUAAAAAAAAAAAAAAAAAUGAGAGAGAGAGAGGGGGGAAAACUCCAGUAAGUCCACAAGCUGGCAUUGGAGGGGGAGACCGUGGUCAUGUGGUUCUGGCCAUCCUACCCUCUGUCACAGUGCGGAUGAGAGCUUUUUGCUCUUAUCCAAUCAUGCCUGGAAUGCCGCUUGCCACUUGGGUUAUUUCUGCUAUCUGUCGCUCUUGGUGCCGCAGUGCUAACGGUUUGGCAGAUGGGACACUUUUUCUUGGAGUUUGUGUCUUCGGUUUUUGACUUCUGGCAGCGCCGGGUGUGUUGUUGCCGCUCGCCCUCUCCCUCCCUGCCCCCCUGGGCACCAUGGCCCAUCGGCUUCGGUUUCAUUUUGGCUCGGGGCGCAGCAACACGGCCCCCGAGUCCGAGAUCCUAGACCAGGAGAGGGAAGACGACUUUUUCAUGGCAUUCCACACGCUGCCGCGGAGGAGCAGCCCGCACCCCUGUGCCCAGCACGGCGCGGAGGCCGGCGGGGGCCUGCGGGAGGCGGUGGGCGCGCUCAAGCGCAGCACGUCCAUGUUCAUCCCGCAGCUCCUGGGCCCGCUCGACGCGCGGCCCACCCGCAGCUCGUCCGUGCAGAUCUCGCUGCAGCGCAAGGCGGCCGACGGAGCCCCCGACCCGGGCUUGCCGCCCGAGGGCCCGGACGGCGAUGCGGGCUCGGCGUCUCGCGUCGGUGGCCCGGAGCCCCCGAAACCCGAGACCCCCGGGAGCUCGCCCCCAAGGGCAGCCCGGGCUCCGGGCCCGCAGCUCAACGGCACGUGCGGCCGCCGAGCGCCCGGCUCUGCCGCCUGCGAUGGCCGCGAGGAGGCCGAGCCGAGGGCCCCCCGGGGCCCCGAGGGGGGCGGGGGGCUGCGGAUCCAGCACCGCGCCUCCAGCGCCGACGUGCGCCAGGUGAGGCUGACGCCCUUCGGGGCCGAUGGCCAGAACAGCCCUUCGGCGCCGGAGCCCAGGCGCUGGUCCCUGCAGCAUGUUCCGGAUGCUUCUGGAAGCUCCGGGAAGCGCUGCUUCGUCUUCCAGUUGCAGCAGCCGCAACCGGGCGCUCCGGGGACGGGCGGGGAUUUCAACUUCGGUUUCACCGGCACCAAGGGGGACAGGCUGGUGAGGUACCCCCGCAUCCGGCUGGAGAGGAGCACCUCGUACCCCACGCAGCCCCGCGCCGAGCGCGGGAGCCCCACGGAAGAGCGGGGCCACCCGGAGACGCCACCUCGGGGCCGCAGGGGGGCUCCCGAAAUCCACAGGACGAACUCGGUGGAAAGGACGCCACAGGGGCAGGGCUGCACGUUUAAGAUCAGGCAAGAUCAAAAUGCCGGGCAGCAGCACUUCAGAAUUCUCGUGACCCGCGGGCCGGACGAAGCCCCCCAGAAUCCCGAGGAGAGUAACGCCAGCAGCCCUGGGUCCGCGGUGGCUGGCGCCCCGACGCGGGACGACUUCCUGGGACAAGUGGACAUACCUCUCAGUCAUCUCCCGACAGAAGAUCCGACCAUGGAGCGACCCUAUACCUUUAAGGAUUUUCUCCUUAGACCAAGAAGUCAUAAAUCUCGAGUUAAGGGAUUUUUGCGAUUGAAAAUGGCCUAUAUGCCGAAAAACGGAGGUCAGGAUGAGGAAAACAGUGAGCAGAGGGAUGACAUGGAGCAUGGCUGGGAGGUCGUGGACUCCAAUGACUCGGCCUCUCAGCACCAGGAGGAGCUCCCUCCCCCGCCACUGCCCCCGGGCUGGGAAGAGAAGGUGGACAAUCUUGGUCGGACCUACUACGUCAACCACAACAACCGGACCACUCAGUGGCACCGACCAAGCCUGAUGGACGUGUCCUCCGAGUCAGACAGCAACAUCAGGCAGAUCAACCAGGAGGCCGCACACCGGCGCUUCCGCUCCCGCAGGCACAUCAGCGAGGACCUGGAGCCCGAGCCCGGCGAGGGUGGAGACGGCCCAGAGCCUUGGGAGACCAUUUCCGAAGAAGUGAACAUCACUGGAGACUCCCUCAGUCUGUCACUGCCCCCACCGCCGUCCUCUCCAGGGUCUCGGACCAGCCCUCAGGAGCUGUCUGAGGAACUGAGCAGAAGGCUUCAGAUCACUCCAGACUCCAAUGGGGAGCAGUUUGGUUCUUUGAUUCAGAGAGAGCCGUCCUCAAGGUUGCGGUCCUGCAGUGUCACGGACGCGGUCGCCGAGCAGGCUCAUCUACCACCGCCCAGUGCCCCAACUAGGAGAGCGCGGUCGUCAACUGUCACAGGUGGUGAGGAGCCAACGCCAUCAGUGGCCUAUGCGCACACCACACCGGGCCUACCUUCAGGCUGGGAAGAAAGAAAAGAUGCUAAGGGACGCACAUACUAUGUCAAUCAUAACAAUCGAACCACAACUUGGACUCGACCUAUCGUGCAGCUCGCCGAAGACGGUGCGUCCGGAUCCGCCACAAACAGUAACAACCACCUAAUCGAGCCUCAGAUCCGCCGGCCCCGUAGCCUCAGCUCGCCGACUGUAACCUUAUCCGCCCCGCUGGAGGGCGCCAAGGACUCGCCCAUACGCCGGGCUGUGAAAGAUACCCUUUCCAACCCACAGUCCCCACAGCCAUCACCUUACAACUCCCCCAAACCACAACACAAAGUCACGCAGAGCUUCCUGCCGCCCGGCUGGGAAAUGAGGAUAGCGCCCAGCGGCCGGCCCUUCUUCAUUGACCACAACACAAAGACUACAACGUGGGAAGAUCCACGCCUGAAAUUUCCAGUACACAUGCGGUCAAAGGCAUCUUUAAACCCCAAUGACCUCGGCCCUCUUCCUCCUGGUUGGGAAGAAAGAAUUCACUUGGAUGGCCGAACAUUUUAUAUCGACCACAACAGCAAAAUUACUCAGUGGGAAGACCCAAGACUGCAGAAUCCAGCGAUUACUGGCCCGGCUGUUCCUUACUCCAGAGAAUUUAAGCAGAAAUAUGACUACUUUAGGAAGAAAUUAAAGAAACCUGCUGAUAUUCCAAAUAGGUUUGAAAUGAAACUUCACAGAAAUAACAUCUUCGAAGAGUCCUAUCGGAGAAUUAUGUCCGUGAAAAGACCAGAUGUUCUGAAAGCUAGACUGUGGAUCGAAUUUGAAUCGGAGAAAGGUCUUGACUAUGGAGGUGUGGCCCGAGAGUGGUUCUUCCUACUGUCCAAAGAGAUGUUCAACCCCUACUAUGGGCUUUUUGAGUACUCUGCCACGGACAACUACACGCUUCAGAUCAAUCCCAACUCUGGCCUCUGUAACGAAGACCAUUUGUCCUACUUCACUUUUAUCGGAAGAGUUGCUGGUCUGGCAGUAUUCCAUGGGAAACUUCUAGAUGGUUUCUUCAUUAGACCAUUUUACAAAAUGAUGUUGGGCAAGCAGAUAACGCUGAAUGACAUGGAGUCUGUGGAUAGUGAAUACUACAACUCUUUGAAAUGGAUCUUGGAAAAUGAUCCUACUGAACUGGACCUCAUGUUCUGUAUUGAUGAAGAAAACUUCGGACAGACCUACCAAGUGGAUCUGAAGCCCAAUGGGUCAGAAAUAAUGGUGACAAAUGAAAACAAGAGGGAAUAUAUUGACUUGGUCAUCCAGUGGAGGUUUGUGAACAGGGUCCAGAAGCAGAUGAAUGCCUUCCUGGAGGGAUUCACAGAACUGCUUCCUAUUGAUUUGAUUAAAAUUUUUGAUGAAAAUGAGCUGGAGCUGCUGAUGUGCGGCCUUGGUGACGUGGACGUCAACGACUGGAGACAACAUUCUAUUUACAAGAACGGCUACUGCCCAAACCACCCUGUCAUUCAGUGGUUCUGGAAGGCCGUGCUGCUCAUGGACGCCGAGAAGCGGAUCCGGUUACUGCAGUUCGUCACGGGGACGUCCCGAGUGCCUAUGAAUGGCUUCGCUGAACUUUAUGGUUCCAAUGGUCCUCAGCUGUUUACAAUAGAGCAAUGGGGGAGUCCUGAAAAACUGCCCAGAGCUCACACAUGCUUUAAUCGCCUUGACUUACCUCCAUAUGAAACCUUUGAAGAUUUACGAGAGAAGCUUCUCAUGGCUGUGGAAAACGCUCAAGGAUUUGAGGGGGUGGAUUAAGCGCCCCCCACUCGCUCCCCGGCCUCGGGGUGGCUGUUGGUCCAGCAAGUCCUGCUUGCACUUUUGCAUUUGCCUAACAACAGACUUUGCAGAGACCAGGCAGAAAGAGCAGCCGCAGGCAUGGCUCCUGGAGCCAAGCCUUCGCGAGCCUUCGCCUGUGACUUGCCCAGGUUUGGACGUGGGAGCCCGGUCCCAGGUCGCGUUCCUGCAUUUUCCACCACGAAUUAUCAACUGGUUGAUGUGUACACUAAUUACAUUUCAGGAGGACUUAAUUCUAUUUAUGUUGUGCCUCUGUAGGCAAAGCCCUUAAUAAAUAUUUUACAUACUUUAUAAUGACAAUGAAUGGAAUUAAUCACUACAGGUAUAGUAUUACAACUCAUGUUUACUUUUUAAAAUGAUUUAGACCGAUUUUCAGAUUUUAUUUCAUUACAAUUAAAGAUGUCUCGUGUACUUGGAAAA